AUGGUACUGCCACAUGAUGCAUAUCAUGGUUCUCUGAGCUUGGAUAAAUCCAGUUUAUGCAAUAACAUCCCAACUAAAUUAGAUGACAUUGCUCAAGUGAACAUUGUAGAGGAUUUUGAUAACCGACCUUCCAAAAAGGCAAAAAUUUCCGAAUCAGGUGUUCUGGAGCCAUCACCUAGGUCACCAACUAUGUCAACAUCUUCUCCAGGUUCAGAGUGUUUUGAAUCAAUUGUGCCGGAAUCAGAUAAUCAGAUGAAUCAUGAUACAUUAUCAUCACCUAGAUCGACAAUAUCUCCUGUUUUUCCAUUACAUGAUGUUAAGGAACCAGAUUCACAUAAAGAGAUCAAAGUUUAUGAUUAUCUCCCACAAGACUAUACAUUGACCGACCAUGAUCUAUGUGCUCAUAUAGCAAUAGAAUCAUCUUUGAGAAAAGAAUUGCUGGUUCAGAUAGAUGGAAGUUCUGUCUUGCAACAUCAGUUGAUGUGCCUGCUAGAUAAAAAAGAGUGGGUAAAUGAUGAUGUGAUCAAUGCAUAUGUAUGUUGUAUAAAGGACCAAAUACAUCUCCAGAAUGAUAAUAAAGUAUAUUUUGAGAGUCCAUUUGUUACCUCACUAUUUAAACGAGAUGACACCCUUGGAAUACAAGAAGAUAGUGCCUUCAUGACAGAGACUGUCCUCAAAUAUAUGCAGCAUGACAUGAUUAAACUUCCAAUAAAUGCCAGCAACACACAUUGGUAUCUAGCUGUUGUGAAUACAAAAAAACGUGAAGUUCAAGUACUAGACUCAUUAUGCUGGAAUUCUGACAGAGAUGAUCUCGCUAAUACGCUACGAGGAAUACAAUUUCAUUUGGACCUUCUUAAAAGUCAAAAUUUGGUAAGCGACGAUUGGAAAGACAUUGAUCUUACUGAAUGGAAGAUCACAGAACAAUUACAAAAGGCAAUUCAAAAAUAUAGUUCUUCAUGUGGUUUAUUUAUGGUUAAAUUUAUGGAAUAUUUCACCGGAUGUGCACUAUCCUACCCAAUUACACAGGAAAUGAUUACUUCUUUCAGGUUUAAGUUAGCUAGCAUACUAUUAUGUUGGAAAACAAACACUGCAGCAAUGACUACAAUCGUUGAAGAAAGUGACGAUGACACCAAGGGAGAUCCUGAUGAUGUUCAAAUAUUGGAAAGUUUAGAUGAUUAAAAAAAAACAAAACAAAAAUUACCAUUAUCUGUUGAAAAUAAAUACAGAUCACUAAUAUCAGUUCUUUCUAAUAUGACCUUACAUGAGUUAACAGCUGGACUCUGUAGCUUCAUUAAAUCAAUCAAUUACACCGAGAUUUUAGAGUAAGUCAUUUUAAAUUAGUAUUGCAAUUGUAAAGUAUGUUACUUGUUUUCUUAAUGGUUUAUUUUCUUACUUUGUAUCAUGAUCAGGAAAGUAUGGAUCCAUAGUUCAAAACCAUAUCCAAUUAGCUUGUCUCUAAAAAAAACUACAAGGAAUGCUAAAGGAUGAUUUACCCAUGGACCGAGAUUGCUUUAAUUUGAUCGUACGGAAGAUUAUGUUGGAUGACAUCCAAACGACACAAAAAAAAGCAAUUGAUAGCAAAGCAUU